AUGGCUGUUCCCAAUACCUACGUGCUGAUCUUUGCCUGUACCUGUGGAGUGAUCCUGGGCAUUGGGCUCUGUGCCAACCUGCUGGUCUUCUCAUUGUUUGCAAAGUACAACACCUUGCGCAAGAACCGCCUCGACAUCCUCCUGCUCAGUAUGACUCUGGCCGACUUCCUCACCCUCCUGCUCAUCCCCUUCACCUUGCACUCCGCCGUCAGUUACUCCUGGCCUUUGAGCGACACCUCCUGCAAGGUCUACCAGUUCCUGCUGGCCUUCAGCCUAGCCGCCAGCACCUACUCGCUAUGUGCCGUGUCCAUGACCCGCGCCAUGAUCAUCACCAACCCGUACCAGCCGCCAACCAUGGACCUGGUCAUCCUCAUGUUUGUCUUGGUCUGGGCCCUCAGCUUCUUCAUCAGCCUGCCGCUGCGUAUGUUUGCCACAAAAGAAAGCCUGGGCCCGAGCCUGGCCAACUUCACCUUCUGCCUUCCAACCAUUCAUGAGCACCACUACCAAGUGGUGCUGAGCCAGUUUGUACUUUACUACUUUGUUCCAAUGCUAGUCAUCGCCUUCAACUACGUCCGGCUGGCUCUUUUUCUCCACAAGAGCCCCGUAAUGACGGUGUCCAGUGCCAGGAACACCCGCCGUGCCUCUGUCAUGGUGUUCUUGGCUGCUGCUACCUUCUCAGUGUGCUGGCUGCCUGGUUAUGUGCUGGAGCUGUGCGUGUACAUGGGGCUGUAUCGCCACGGACAGGCUUGGGAGAUGUUUUACUUCAUCUGUACUGUGCUGCAGUACCUGCACCCCUGUAUCAACCCUGUGCUCUAUGUGCUGCUGUCAAAGCGCUACCGCCACAGGAGGGCAGCCUGGCUCUUCAGCUGUAACAGAAACAGAGUGCAGCCACAGGUCAUCAGCGUCACCACAGACAGCUUAUAA